UCUCCUAUGCAUUACACACACCAUAUCCUCCUCCUCCUCCUCCUCCUCCCACUUUCUCUCUCUCUGGGUCUCUCUAUCAAACACACACACUUGAGUGUGUUUGUGUGUGAAAAAUGGGAAGAGCACCCUGUUGUGCAAAGGUGGGUUUACACAGAGGAGCAUGGUCUGAUGAAGAAGAUAAGCUCCUCACACAGCACAUUCACACCCAUGGUGAAGGUCAAUGGCGUUCGUUGCCUUCUAAAGCUGGAUUACUUAGAUGUGGAAAGAGUUGCAGGCUGAGAUGGAUGAAUUACCUCCGGCCAGGUAUCAAGAGAGGAAACUUCACCGACGAUGAGAAUGACAUCAUCGUCCGGCUCCAUUCUGUCCAUGGCAACCGGUGGUCUUUCAUAGCCACGGAACUUCCAGGUCGAACUGACAAUGAGAUUAAAAACCACUGGAACUCGCAUCUUAAACGGAAAUUGCGCGGCGGCGACGUUGACGGAGACGAGAACCAGGAGGACUUUUCCAAUAACAACAAAAAGCCGAAGAAAAAGCGAAAGACGAAUCAGAAGUCAACGAAAUCCAAAAUCACAGAGAAACCUAAAGAAAUCAUUUCUCAUCCUGCUGCUUCGUCGUCUUCGUCAUCUCAAUCCGCAUCGUUGACUUUGAGAAAGAAUCACAGUUUCGAUAGCGUAGUGAUGAGCGGUGGUGCAUCAUCGAGCUCCACAACCACAAGUGACCAAGGAGAAACCGAUUUACUUGCGACAGACUUCUCAUGGCCAAACUGGACGCCAUUGUUUGAGAUGGAAGUUGCAGCAACCAUGGACGCUCACCAUGAUCAUCAUCAGGAUUUACCAAUGGAUGCCUGUGAUUUACUCAUAUCCAAUGACGACGAGACCCAAAUGCUAGAAAAGCUCUACUGUGAGUACCUGAAUCUGCUCGAAGAUGGAGACGAUUGUGUGUAAUCAUUUACUAUAAUGUUUAAUUAAUUCGUGUGUCAUCUAACUUUCAUCAGUGAAAACUCCAAAUAAAAACUGUCAUGUCCUCUCAA